CUUUAGCAAUGAGGAAAUGCCGCAGACUGUUCCAAUCAGGACGGGGCCGUGCCUGAAGUCUCCAGGGAGCACCCACUUGCUUAGCCAAACCCCAGACACUUAAUUGAAAAGCAGAAGCGAAAGGAAGACAUGGUUCCUGAAAGGGUUAUUCUGACUUGGACUGGCUAUAAAAAUGCUAUUGGCUGUUAAUUCUGCGUGGCCAAAGUGCACCCAGAAUGUCUUCUCUCUCUAUCCAGUGCAUUUGUUACUUUGGCUAGAAGGAGGCAAGCGGCACUCUGCUCUUCCAGAGCAAAGAUGGAGCAACAGGAUCAGUUCAAGAAGGAAGGGAGGCUGACACUUGUGCUUGCCCUGGCAACCCUGAUAGCUGCCUUUGGGUCAUCCUUCCAGUAUGGGUACAACGUGGCCGCUGUCAACUCCCCAGCAGAGUUCAUGCAACAGUUUUACAAUGACACCUACUAUCACAGAACCGGUGAAUACAUGGAUGCCUUCCCCUUGACGCUGCUCUGGUCUUUAACUGUGUCCAUGUUUCCCUUUGGAGGCUUCAUCGGAUCCCUCCUGGUCGGCCCCCUGGUGAAUAAAUUCGGCAGAAAAGGGGCCUUGCUGUUCAACAACAUAUUUUCCAUCGUGCCUGCGAUCUUAAUGGGAUGCAGCAAAAUCGCGAAGUCAUUUGAGCUUAUAAUUGUUUCCAGACUUUUGGUGGGAAUCUGUGCAGGUUUGUCUUCCAAUGUUGUCCCCAUGUACCUGGGAGAGCUGGCCCCUAAAAACCUGCGGGGGGCUCUCGGGGUGGUGCCUCAGCUCUUCAUCACUGUCGGCAUCCUCGUGGCCCAGAUCUUUGGUCUCCGGAAUCUCCUGGCAAAUGAAGAAGGCUGGCCCAUCCUCCUGGGGCUGACCGGGGUGCCCGCGGCUCUGCAGCUGCUCCUGCUGCCCCUCUUCCCCGAGAGCCCCAGGUACCUGCUGAUCCAGAAGAAAGAUGAAGAAGCUGCCAAAAACGCUCUGAAGAGGCUGCGCGGCUGGGACACCGUGGACGCGGAGGUGGAGGAGAUCCGGCAGGAGGACGAGGCGGAGAAGGCCGCGGGCUUCGUCUCGGUGCUGAAGCUGUUCCGGAUGCGGUCCCUACGCUGGCAGCUGCUGUCCAUCAUCGCGCUCAUGGCCGGCCAGCAGCUGUCGGGCGUGAACGCGAUCUACUACUAUGCAGAUCAGAUCUACCGGAGCGCCGGUGUGGACCAGAGUCAGGUCCAGUACGUGACAGUCGGCACGGGGGCCGUCAACGUGGUGAUGACCUUCUGCGCUGUGUUCGUGGUGGAGCUGCUGGGCAGGAGGCUGCUGCUGCUGUUGGGCUUCUCCGUGUGCUUCUUGGCCUGCUGCGUGCUGACACUGGCGCUGUCGCUGCAGGACACAAUAUCCUGGAUGCCUUACAUCAGCAUCGUCUGCGUCAUCGCCUAUGUCAUAGGACACGCCCUCGGGCCCAGCCCGAUCCCCGCGCUGCUCAUCACCGAGAUCUUCCUGCAGUCCUCCCGGCCAUCCGCCUUCAUGGUGGGCGGCAGCGUCCACUGGCUCUCCAACUUCGUGGUGGGCUUGAUCUUCCCAUUCAUCCAGGAGGGCCUGGGCUCCUACAGCUUCAUCGUCUUCGCGGUGAUCUGCCUGCUGACCACCAUCUACACCUUCAUGAUCGUCCCGGAGACCAAGGGCAAGACCUUCAUAGAGAUCAACCGCAUUUUCAUCAAGAUGAACAAGGUGUCAGACGUCCACCAUGAAAAGGAGGAACUGAAGAACCUUCCGCCCGUCAGAUCGGAGCAGUAACUCAGGGGAGAAGCAGCCUGUGUAGCGAGUCCAUGUGGGGCUUCCCUCUUUGGCCUUUUCUUCUGACUUCUAGUUGUCUGCGAACGUCCAGAAAUAAGCCAAGUCUGGCGUGGACCGCAAGCCUCAGCCCCGGCCGCCACCCCCGUGGGGACUGUCCGGGGCAUCCGUGGUGUUCUAGAAGCCGGGCCGACUCGCUCC